CUUGCAGGCGUCGACUCUCCAACAUUACACCCUACUGUUAUUGCCGUAAAGGAAGGAGCUGUUCGCCUUGCCAGUCAGCCAAUAGUCAAUAGAAAGGAGCCCCUGGACGCCCACCACCUCAAGGUCCUUGCUGCAGAGACUAAUCUAGAAGACCUUUCACAAUUUACGAAAUUUAGUUAUGUUCAUUCUCGCAUUUUCCGGUUUUCUUAGAAGUUCCGAGUUAUGCGUUAUGCGUAGCAGAGAUGUUCAGUUUAACGAGGGUUACAUUACAAUCAGCAUAGAGAAAAGCAAGACGGACCAACUGAGGGAGGGCAGGUCGGUCGUUAUUGCUGAGUCCGCAUCUAUCACGUGUCCCUGUUCUUUACUUAAGCUGUAUAUGCAUAAGGCCCAGAUUCCUGAAAAUUCGGACGAGUAUCUUUUUAGGGCCAUUUCAGCUUCGGGCAAUCACAAGCGCCUUAUCUCUGUAAACAAGCCGAUUUGUUAUUCUACCUAUAGGCAGUCCUUUAAGAAGUCUUUCGCGAAUAUUGUACCAGAUAUCUCUAAGUAUAGCACUCAUUCAGCUAGGUCAGGUGGAGCUACUUUAGCUGCCAGCUCUGCCAUUUCGGAGAGGAAUCUUCAGCGCCAUGGUCGCUGG